CUGGCUGUAUAAGUAACACAUUGACUUACCAGUGGCAUAUAGGUCUUCUGAAAGAGUACAGAGCAGUCCUGAAUUGCACUGGAGUCUGAGCCAGGUAAGGUUUCACAUUCAAGUUGGAAGCAUGAAGAUAAAGUGCAUUGCUCUGCUCUCCGUCCUGCUCCUGGUCUCACAGCUGCUCUGGGUGAAUUGUGAAAAACAAGAGAGAGAUGGUAAAGGAGAAUGGAAACAGCUUGGCUCUCCUGACAAGAGAGAGAGAGGCCAGAAAGCUAAAGGAGGAAAAAACCUCCCUCGGGGCAGGUUUUCCACUCAAGAGAAUGUCCCCUGUACUUGGGCAGUGACUGAGAAGGAGAAUGUCACCUUGAAAGUUCAAUGUAAAGGACAGGAAACCCAAUUUGAGUGUACCUUUGCAGGAAAUCCUUCCUCCUGCCCCCAUUUUGCAGGCAAUGAGAAGGCCUACUGGAAACAGAUUGGCCGUGCCCUGCGGAAACAAAAGAACCUUUGUGCGGACCCAAAGAGUGUCCUCAAGUCCCGAGUGUGCAAGAAUGGUGCCAAGGAAGCCCAUCUCAAAAUGAUGGACUCCACCAUUAAGAACAGGAGCCAGGACAAGAAGGGGAGAAAGGAUCCCCAAAUAUCAGCUUCCACUGUCAGACCAGCUGCUCCGACUAUCCAGCCAACUGGUCAGCAAGCAACUACUCAGAAGUGCGUGGAGGACGUUGAUGUGAUCAACCAGAGGAAGAUGGCAGAAGAGUUCUGUGGAGAUUCCUGGAGCUCAUUAUGCACCUUUCUGCUCACUAUGCUACAGGACAAAAAGUGCUAGUGAACUCUAAGGAGACUCAGGCCCAUUUUCAGUCCCUGCCCUGAAUUGGAGCCUCUCUCUCUCUCUCUCUUCAUGUGCUGCAGAAAUUCAUUCAUGCUUCCCUCUAUGGCAUGAACUUCCAUAGUGCCAGAAGGGAGGAAAGUACAGCUAUGUAUUUAAAUGUGUUUUGUAAUUUUUUUCUUGUUUUAUAUUUUGAAAUUUAUACUUCAUUAGAUUUUAUUUUCAUAGAGGCUGCUAACAGUUACCAGCAGAUGUCACAAAGGCUGUAAAGAGGUCUUGUGUGUAUACAAAUAAAUAUAUAUGCACAUACAUGUAGGUGCAUAUAUAUGCAUAUA